AUGUGCAGAAGUAACCAGAAUUACCACAAAUCUGUACAUGACAUUGACGCUAGUGCUGUAGACGGUGCAUGUGGAUAUUCAUGUGACACACCGGAAUACUACAUCGACAUGGUAAGCACACGUUCUUUAUCACAAUCACCAGACCGUGCCUUCGUUCCCAUCACUCUUGGUCCUAGCAAAGUACCAAUACAUUUCAAAAUUGAUACAGGCAGUGAAUGCAACAUAGUUUCACAUGAAACGUUCAAACGCCUAAAAUUAAGUGCCCCUCUCGAGCCCCCCGACAGCAAACUGACCUCUUACUCAGGCGACCUUCUCAAGGUUCUUGGAAAAGUGAGUCUUCCCUGCUGCCAUAAAUCUGAUACAAUCAUGGCUACAAUCUAUGUUGUUGAGAAUCGUGCCCCUCCAUUGUUAGGACUCAGAUCAUCACUAGAGUUGAAUUUGAUCAAGCUGACCUACUCUGUAGAAAACUCCCCCAAAGAGCCCCAAGUACUGACUAGGGAUUCUGUAAUGUCUGAAUACAAAGAGCUUUUCCAGGGAGUUGGGGAAAUUCCAGGGUUUGCGAAAUUACACCUUAAGGAAAAUGCAGUCCCCGUUGUGAACCCCCCGCGAAAAGUGCCCGAAGCUCUUAAACCACGACUUAAGGACGAACUCGACCGCAUGGUCAAAGACGGAAUUGUCACUAAGGUCACCGAACCCACUGACUGGGUAAAUUCGAUAGUUUUGGUAGAAAAGCCAAAGACAGGUAAACUUAGAGUUUGCAUUGACCCAAAGGCUCUAAAUGACUCAAUCCGUAGACCGCAUUACCCAAUGCCGACUUUAGACGACGUGACGUCAGAGCUAUGUGGGGCUACACAUUUCAGUAUUCUAGAUAUUACGCAUGCGUAUUUGAGUGUCAAACUAGAUCACGAGUCUUCCCUACUUACAACGUUCAGUACGCCUUUCGGCAGAUAUAGAUACCUAAGGCUCCCAUUUGGCAUCACAUCUUCAGGCGACAUAUUUCAGCAGAAAUGCAAUGAAAUCUUUGAAAACUUGCCCGGAAUUCAUGCCAUAGUAGACGACAUUUUGAUACAUGGUCGCUCACGGUCAGAACACGACGAAAAUUUGCGAAAAGCGCUCAAUAGAGCACACGAAAUAGGCAUUAAAUUUAAUCCCGACAAAUGCGUUAUCGGAGCGACAGAAGUCCCUUUCUUUGGUCACGUCAUUUCUAGUCAUGGCCUCAAACCCGACAAUGCCAAAAUAGACGCCAUUGUGAAACUCAAAACGCCGGACUCCCGCGCAGAGUAA